AUGAGCCGACCUUCAAAAGCGACGCCCAUGGCUAAAAAAGUCGCGCCUCCAGCUGUUCCAGAGGUUUUCCGACAUUCUGGAAGCUCUUUUGGCUCUGCAGGGUACGAUUCAAGCGAGGACGGUUUCAUUCCUCUACCACCACCUGAUGCUCAAUCCAACAUUAGCGAUCGAAGUGAUAUUUAUGGAGUUUCCGGAAAAUCUCCAGGUCCCGGAAGUCAAUUCACUUAUCAAUCAUUUACUUUUCCCGGAAAGGGAAUUUAUUAUCACCAUCAGCAGAGUCUACAAGAAGAUCAAGGAAUCGAUUUAACCCAGAGUCCCGGAAGAGACAGUCCAGGAUCGUCGGGAUCUGGUUCCGGUUCGGGAUCUCGUCACAGCACAGCCAGUUUGGAUUCUGGUCGCGCUUCCGGAUCUCAUUUAUUAGGAUCGAGAGCUCCAGGUUCGACUUUGAGUUCGAGUCCGAGAUGUUCGAUAUCGAGUUCGAGCAUCGUGUCGUCUGAACAUGGGGGACCGGGAGUCCGAGUCGAAAGACUCAUGCAGCAGGGUAUACCUGAUCAGGAUAUAAUUCACGCAUGGCUUCAGGAUCUUCAUUUCGAAGAAUAUUUUGCUUUGUUCGUGUCAGCCGGAUACGACAUGCCGACGAUAUCAAAAAUGACUCCGGAAGAUUUAACCGCGAUCGGAAUUAAAAAACCGAAUCCCAGGAAAAAAUUAAAGGCUGAAAUAGCUCAGUUAAAUAUAUCCGACGGAUUGCCGGAAUACAUACCCGGUUCCAUGGAAGAAUGGCUGAGGUUACUUAGACUAGAGGAAUACAUACCCAUAUUUAGGCAGCAGGGAUAUCAAUCCGUCGAAGAUGUUACACAAUUGGCUUGGGAAGAUCUCGAAGAAGCUGGAGUUGUUAAACUAGGACAUCAAAAACGACUUUUAUUAGCCAUUAAAAGAGUCAAAGACAUUCGUGCUGGAAAAGUUUUUUCACAUUUAGGAUCGCACACACUCAUAACUCAGGCUGAGCUUCACACACCAAGUCCAGGAAGUGUUGAAGUUCCAUAUCACAACACGAUGACGAGAUCUUUUCAACAUCAUUGGGAUUUGGAUACUACGAGACAGCAGUUAGGAUACACGUCGCCUUAUUGUCCGGAUAUUGUGCCAAUCAAGAUACGAGGCGGUAGAGGAAAAUCUUUAGAAAGUUUAGAAGAUGGAGAACGAAUGGGAGGAACGCAUCAUACGUUCAGUUCUGAAAACACUGGAACUUUUUAUUACAAUAAUAGUAAUUUCAACACCGGUAAUAAUUUGCAAGUACAUUGCGGAGGAUGGAGAAGGUCUUACGAAGAUGGAGACAUAACACCCACGAACGAAGCCAUUGUGGCCUUGCACGAGGGCGGCGGAACUCUUCCUCGUCCUCGCGGUUUGGUCAGGCCCAGACCUGUUGCUAAAAUUCCGGCUACCAGAAAUACGGCUUCACAUUAUUUCGAAAAGCCUUCGUAUAACAUAUACGACAUGAAAGAAUUUAAUUCUGAACCCUUAAAAGACGCGGAUUUGAUACAAUCUGAUCCUUCGGGAGAUAUGUCAGAGAAAUGUACAGUCCCUCCUUCUAUGCCUCCAAUAAGUGGAAUCUACGAUUAUAAAUACAGAUAUUCCGUGGCCGAAAGCAAUUCGGCAUUGAUUCACAAUAGUCCGAUAAUUAAUUACAAUACUCCCGCCUUGAGAAGACGUCCUCCAUCGCCUCCAAAAAGGCAGAGUUCUCAUCCGAACGAUCUGCAAACUUCAUUAGACUGUAACACGCCCAAAGACAAUGGAGCACAUCAACAGACAACAAUAGUAGAGCUUCACGCACAUUCCUCGGUACCUCUGCCAAAUUAUAGUUCUCCGUCGCCUUCAUCAGAGUUAACCAGUCAACUAGAAACGUUGCAUUUGAAUUGGAGGAACGAAAACGAUCAGGAAGACGAACAACAACUCAUAGCAGCUUUAGCGCAAGUAAGAAACGGAUCCGAUGCCAGUUUUAAGUCGAGUUCAAGCACCGAAUCGGAUUCCAUACCUUUUGCAAAUGAAAACGCGGGAACAAUAAAACAAAGAGCCAGGUGUCAGGGAACGGAAUAUGCCGGCGAGGGAAGGACGGGAGAAACUCAAGGACAAGAACCCGCCGACGUUUUGUCCGAUAUAGGUAACAUGUUGGCAAAUUUGACUGAUGAAUUAGAUGCCAUGUUAGAGGAGGAAAAGAGACAAGGGCUGAAUAUGGAAUAA